UCUUUGGUCAAAAUUUCAAAAAUACUGAUUAGUGUUGAGUCGAAUUCAGUGUACACCCAUUGUAUAUGAGAGACAAAUUCACUAGACACCGCAUAAAAACUUAAUGCGCAUGUGCGUAACUCAGUCGGACGAAAACAUUGUUGAAAUUAACAACGAGAUGUAAAAAUGUAAAACAAAGUGAAUAUAUCCAUAAAUACAUCCAAAUAUGAUAAGUCAACGUGAAGCAGACGAUAUUGCAUUUAAAAACGACCUAACAGGAGAUGUAAAAGACAAGAAGUUAGCGAAAGCAAGCAAAAGUCUAAGAAGGACAUUGAUCAAAGAGAAUUCAGGAUCUGAAGAAGCCAGAGUUUCUGCUGCUAUAGAAAUACAACGGGCUUACCGAGGAUACUCAACAAGAUGUAAUCUAUACGGAACGGUGAACCCCAAGAUCAGCAAGACUGCUGUGUACAGUAAAAGUCAGGAUGAGGAGGCGAGGAUACGAGAGGUGGCCAAUGAACAGGUGCUAGACUAUGAACCACCAAGUGAGCAAGAUGAAAUCCGAAUCAUAUAUGAGGAGUACCUCAGUACUUACGAUAAUCCAGAUCAAGAUCCCCUAACCUAUGAAGAGUUUGCUGAGCGGUAUAUGGAAGCCCUGAGGGAGAGUCAGCAGUCUGUGGAGACCCCUGUCCCUGUCCAGCCCCCACCCCCCGCAGUCAUACAACCAACCCCUUACAUACCCAGACCCAGGCCACGCCUUAAUGACAGGCAGGCUGCUAGCAUCAUACAGAGGGCCUGGAGAAGGCACAUAGAUAUACAAGUAUACAGAUAUUACAGAGAUCUGAUAAACUUCAAGACGAGAGGAAACCCUGCUUUAAUGCUCCGAUGCAUAAAUCCAAAUGAAGCAAAAAUGUUAGAUGCAGCCUCAGGGGUGCAUGUCAAGUUCAGACUGGCAGGAGAGAGGUUUCCUCCCAAUAUCUACUACAAAAUCUUCACCCACAGACCAGUUCAAGAUUUGUGUGCCAACAGUCCAAAGGAUUACACCCAACCAGCGGUUAAACUUCAGAUUGGGAAAGACAGGCACAGCCAGCUCAGAACACAGGGUCUGCAGGAUGAUCAGGAUGGCUGGUACAAGAGGAUAGAGAACAAUGGCUGGAGGCUGGUGUCUGACCGCCUGGUCCAGCAUCUGACAGAUCCCAUUACCUGGGAGACGAGCAACAAGAAGUACCAGUACUCCCACGACAAGCUUCAAAGAAAACAAGAUGUUGAGAAAAGAAAGAAGAAGAGAAAGAUUGAAUGGAUGCAAAAACUGUACCAGGAAGGGAUGUUAAAGGCCAAGUCUGACGACCCCGAGACGGUGAACCUGAUAGAGGGCGCGGCGGCAGGAAUGGUUGCCACUGUGGAGAAGAUGGGCCCUGACGCCCUCGAGGAUUGGGAGGUGGACGAACUCCUGGACUGGACCACCAGUCUCAACUUUGAGGAGUAUCUCAAUAACUGGAAAGAUGUGGCAACAAGUGCCUUUUCAGAGAAACAAGUUGACAUAAAACAACCCAAAAAUGAUCGGAUUCGCCUGAUGACGGGGACAUUGGAUCCCUACGAGUUCUCCAUUUCCACCGGCCCCUCGCGCUAUCAGUCAACCCAACCCUCCAGGAACACCCCAGCUUCCAGCGUGUCAGGUCAACUCCAGGUCAACGGGUGAAGGUCAACUCCAGGUCAAUGGAUGAAGGUCAUUGAAGAAUUCAAGGUCAUUGAAAGAAAAACAAUUUAUGUUCCAGGAAUGAAGAUUGUUACAAAAUUUGUCUUAUGGAUAUGUACUUACAAAUUAAGUUUGCUUAAAUUUUUAAGUUAUUUGUCUUAAUGAUUGAGCAAAUUUUAUUUUACACAUUUUUUUUAAUGUAAACGAGAUGAAUUUACACAUAUUUGAAUGUAAAUGUAUGGUAAACAAUAUUAAGUUCUAAAUUGUGCCUCUAUUCAGAAUAUUGAUGAAGAUUUUAUUUUUAUACAUGUAAACAAUCAUGUGAAGAAUUUGUGUUGUGUAUGACUGUGAUAUGUGAAUGUUUACAAACUCAACAAUGAACAGAUAAUAUCUGUUUAUAAAGAUAUGCCUUGUAUUAUGCCUUAUUUUGUUUCGAAGAGAACUAUUGUUUUUGUUUUAAUAAAUAUUUUAUACUCAUAA